AUGAUGAAUAAAGAUUGGGGGGAAGUUCCAUACCAGAACGCAGUAAAGAAGUUCGUAGAGUUGGCUCAUGAGAAACUUGGAAAUCCUUCUAAGUUUAGUUGUCCUUAUGUUGAUUGUAAGAAUCUUGCUGCACCACUUCCUACGGGUACAAUACAUAUGCACUUUCUAAAACGGGGUAUGGAUCCUACUUACACCGAGUGGGUUCUUCACGGGGAGAAGGUUAGCAAUUUUAAUAAUAUUCGUGAAGAGGGAGCAACACGACAACGUACUUUCUACCAGAUGUGGACAGAUGCUAAUGUUGAAGGUGAUGUUGAACCAGGGAAAGGGGUUUGUGAACCUAGGCAGGACGAAGGGUUGCAAAACCACGACGAAGGGUUGCUGAACGAGAUUGAAGAGGCUGACUUCCCUUUAUACCCUGAUUGUACUACACACACGAAGAUAUCUAUGACUACUGAGUUGUAUAGGCAGAAGACAGUAAAUGGUUUAUCUCGAAGGGCUUUUGUCGAUCUUCUCAAGACAAUUGGUUCUGUGUUGCCCCAAGGUCAUUGUCUUCCUAAAUCAACUUAUGAAGUGAAGAAGUUGCUGAAAGCUUUCCAGCUCACUUAUGAGAAAAUACAUGCAUGUCAGAAUGAUUGUUGUUUGUUUAGAAAUGAUUUGAAAGACGCAGAUGCAUGUCCUAAAUGUCACUAUUCUAGGUGGAAGGAAGACACAUCUAACAUGGACGAUGCUCACAUGAUAGACGAUCCCAAAAAGAAGAUACCGGUGAAGGUGCUUAGAUACUUCCCCAUUGUGCCGAGAUUAAGGAGAUUGUAUAAAUCAGCAGAGCUAUCUCAGAAGUUGAUGUGGCACGCGACUAAUAAGAGUAAAGAUGGGAAGAUGCGUCAUCCAACGGAUUCUUUGGCUUGGAAGCACAUAGACACAAAGUUCCCCGAGUUUGCUUCAGAACCGCGUAAUUUGCGUCUUGGGCUUGCUGCUGAUGGAUUUAAUCCUUUUGGCGAUGUUUCCGCAUCCCACGGUUGUUGGCCGGUGUUGCUUGUGUUAUAUAAUCUUCCCCCUCAGCUGUGUAUGCAAGGCCACAAUAUUAUUUUAAGCUUGCUGAUUCCAGGAAAGAAACAACCAGGUAGAGACAUCGAUAUAUAUUUGCAACCACUGAUUAAUGAUCUGAUUAAUUUGUGGAAUGACGGGGUCGAGUUUUAUGAUUCGUAUAGUAAGACAAUGUUCAACUUGAAGGCAUUAUUGAUGUGGACAAUAAACGAUUUUCCUGCUUAUGGUAACCUAUCUGGAUGUACGUAUAAAGGGAAGGCAGCCUGCCCUAUUUGUGGUGAUAAUACUCUUUCAAACUAUUUGUCGUUUAGUCGUAAAACUGUUUACAUGAAUCAUAGGAGAUUUCUACCUCAUAAUCAUUCUCUUCGAUCGAGUAAGAACAAAGCGUGUUUCAAUUGA